AUGACUGCGCUGUCGUUGGUGCAACAGUCAGUGGCGUCCUCUCCCAGCUGUCCAGCCCUCCGCUUCCUCACCACAGAGAGAACACUUGGAUGCUUGACCUACCACCAGGUGUGGCAGCUGAGUGGCCUCAUCGCUGAGCGUUUGCGGGGAAACGUGCUUGGUGUCGCAAUCGACGAUGGCCCGUACCUUGCCCUGGCGGAGCUCGCGGGAUGGAGAAGGGGCAUGGUGUUGGUGCCACUCGACCCGCAUGACCCGGUCUCUCGCCUCUGUCAUGUGGUGCAAGAGUCUCAAGCGAGCUGCCUGGUGGCCAAAGACUGGGGCGAUGCGAAGAAGGUUGCAGAGGCUGGCCCAGUAUUGGACCUCAGCUCUGAAGUCCCCUUGACUUCCGUCGCCUGUGCUGACCAGCUCGAGUUCGAAGUUUCGCUAGAUCCGGCUUCUCCAGCCUACAUGUGGUUCACAAGUGGGUCGACUGGCCAGCCGAAAGGUGUUCUCAUCUCCCAUCAGGCAUUCCACAACUGGUGCAGGGUUAAGAACCCACCACAAGCUAUAACCGCCUCCAGCACGGUGCUGAUUGCAUCAGCUUCUACGUUUGAUCCGUCUAUCGGCGACAUCUUUGCUACCUGGGCCGUCAGCGCUACAGUGGCAGUGGCACCCCGUAUGCUCUUCUUUGCUAACCUGGGCUGGGCUAUCGACCGCUUGGAAGUCACUCAUGUCACAUGCACUCCGUCUCUCUGGCAAUCUCUUGAGAAUGGCAUGGACUUGCCGUCCCUCACAACAGUUUGCCUUGGCGGCGAGCGCUCACCACAGCCCCUGCUUGACCAAUGGGCGGCGAAGCUUCAACUGCUGAAUACCUACGGUACGACAGAGUGCACCGUUUGGCAGACGCUCCGCCGUAUGCUGCCUGGAGAUCGAGCCACACUGGUCGGUCGCCCAUACCCCGGCAAUGAGGUAUGGAUCCUUGAACGCGACGGGACAGCUUUGCAGAAAGAUGAGGAAGUCGGUGAGAUUGUUCAGGGUGGGAUCCAGGUGGGCAUCGGAUACCACAACCGGCCGGAGCUUACAGCUGCCAAGUUCGUUGAGCUUCCCGGCUGUAUCGGGAGAUGGUAUCGAACGGGAGACGGCGGGCGGAUCUUGAAUGGAGAGCUGGAGGUUAUGGGCAGGUUCGACAACCAGGUGAAGAUCCGCGGCAUGCGUGUGGAGCUUGGCGAGAUUGAAUCUGCGGUCGUGCAGACUUCGUCUGGAAUAGUUGCCAACUGCGCAGUGCAGCUUCGCGAUAGCUUUCUGGUGGCCUACUGCCAGGUAUCCGCCGACGCUGCAGUGAUGAUGCAUGAGCCGUACUGCAUUCUGCCGGUGGUCAGCGAUUUCCUCCUGCAGCGCUCCAGCACAGAAUUGCCACGCCACAUGAUUCCAAGUCGCUUCGUGCUUAUGCAGCGGCUCCCCCUCACUCCGAAUGGGAAGGUGGAUUCCAAAGCCUUGCCGGACAGCGUGGAUGUGGCCUCGACGUCCUCUUCAUCUCUGACCGCUCUCGAGCGGGUGGUGGCCAGCGUGUGGGAGGAUGUGCUGAAGCGGACAGGAGUGGGCCCCAACGAUCACUUCCUAGCACUGGGAGGGCAUUCCAUGUCGGUCCUUCAGGUCUCCCGGCGCCUCGUUGCCUUGGCCGCUGCCGCCGGGCAAGAUGCCAGUCCUGCAAGUGCUUUGGGCAUCCUGCUCUCACCGGAGAAGCUGAUUCACUCCCCUCGCCUGCGCAUCUACUGCCAGAUGCUGGCACGCGGGGGCGUCCGUUUCCCGGGCGCCGAUGCUGCUGAUGCACACAUGGGUGAUGAGAAGGUCAGUGAGGAGGAUGCCGCGGACCUCCGCAUCAACUACGUGAAGCACAAGGUCCAGCGCGGUGGCCAAGAUCCUGAGUUGGACCAUGGCGCCUGGGAGCAAGUUCCCGAAGACAGACCGGAACAACUGCUGUGCCGAGCAGCAGAGGCUGGCCUGGUGCCCUUGGUCCGCCUGCUCCUCCAGGAAGGGGCACCCGUGGAGGGAGGCACCUUGGAAGGACAGCACGCAAGGCAUGGCUCUACACCCCUCAUUCUUGCAGUCAUGGGAAACCACGUCUGUUGCGCAGAAGAGCUGCUCCAGCGACGCGCGCAGCCGCAGCAAAGGGAUGCUCAUGGGGCGCCUGUGCUUCUCAAAGCCGCAGAGCGCUGUGGCCAGCGAAUGGUGGAGCUUCUGCUUGAGGCCAGAGCCGAUGCUGAGUCGAGCGACACCGCGAGCCGCAGCACGGCUCUCCACGCUGCGGCCAAGGCAGGCAACCCUGCAGCCGCCCAGGCCCUCCUCCGAGGUGAUGCUGGAGUUGACUGGCUGGAUCGCUGGAAUCGAUCAGCAUUGCACUGGGCCGUCUUUCACGGCCAUGUCGACAUUUGUGAGGCAUUGGUGGGGGCUGGUGCCCGAACCUCUGGCACUGUGGGCGAGCGUGCUGGUCGCUUUUUCAUCGCCCCCACAGCUUGUGGAAAUCUUCCCCACCGGGUGCUGAAGCAGGCUGCAAGCUUCGUGACGCCGCAGGCCCUGGCAGAGGAGCGCUUCCCCCAAGGCGGGGCCAUCCGCGACUUGCUGACAAGGCGCACAGACCGAGGCCAAGCGAUGCCAGCAGGUUACACAUGA